AUGGCGACUACGGAUGAGCGUAAGCUGGAACUGGAGCGCAGGAAGCAGAGGCUGGUUGCUCUGCGUGAGGAGAAGAGACGUCGUGAGGAUGAGCGACGUCGAAUGCUGCUCAAUAAUGCGGCCGUCGAAAAUGGAGCCGUGGACAAGUCGCUGAAGACGUUGUCGCAGAAAUAUCUCGAUGAGCUUCUGGAGCCGCUUGGCAUACCAUCGCUGCCGCUCGCUGACAGCGCCGACAAAGCACCGGGCGGGGACAGUCACUGCACUCUGGAUGGCGUAAUAUCCAACCAACGGUAUCCAUCAGUUCCCAGGAUAAUACGAAAUCUGCAACUAUGCGAGACGCAAAUAACAUCAGUGAUUCCCAAAGAUGCUGCAAGUUACUGUAAAACAACUCAAACGGAUGAUGAGCGCGUCUACACGAGCGAAUUCAGUCUUGGUUCUCAGGAAUUCGACUACGAUGAAGAAAUGCCGAUGUUGGACAAGCAUUUGGAUAUCAAUUUUGACGAGUCGCCAAGCCGUGAAAUCGCAAAUAUCCUUCCCAACUUUAGUUUCAGCUCACGCCAGCAGCCGGAGGUGGAGAUCUUCAAUACUUUUGAGGAAAAAACUGAUGAGGAAGCGAAGUUCCCAGAUCUUAGCGAAGAGGAGAAACUUCAGAUACUCAGCAGCUCGAAAUUUUAUCAGUUUUUCGAUUACUCGUCGCGCGUUAUGGAACGAGAGAUUGCUGAAGAGAUUGAUAUUUUUGUUGAUUACUCGCGUGACGAAGCUACUGAAGAAAAGCCGGACAGUGGGGAGAAAUUGAUGUUUGCGAGGAAAUUUGUUGAUGAAAAGUGGAGCGCUGGGAGGUAA